AUGGAUAAAUCAACGGAAAAGGUGGAGUCCUUCCAGUCCCAACCAGCCCUUGAACAUGGUACCUCCACAGAGUACCAUGAGCUGGAAAGAAAACUCGAAAGUAGACAUGUUCAGUUCAUUGCCCUCGGCGGUGCCAUCGGUACCGGUCUCUUCCUCGGAAUUGGCCGUGCCUUGACUCAGGCUGGCCCGCUUAGUCUUCUGCUGGGAUAUACUAUCUCAGGUGCAGCCAUUUUCUGCAUGAUGCAAAGCUUGGGUGAAAUGUGCACCUGGCUUCCCCUACCAGGAGCAAUCCCUCAGUUUGCAGACCGUUGGGUAGACCCUGCCCUGGGGUUUGCCAUUGGUUGGAAUAGUUGGUAUUACUGCGUCAUAACUCUAUGCGCCGAGAUUGCCGCCGUCUCGGUCGUCAUACAGUAUUGGGAGGGGGCCCAAGGUGUCAACGUUGCAGUCUGGAUCACGAUCCUUAUCAUCUUGGUGGCCUCCAUCAACCUUUUUGCCGUUUCAGUCUAUGGAGAAGUCGAAUUCUACUUUGCAGGAAUCAAGGUCAUCGCGAUCGUUGGUCUUAUCUUGCUAGCUUUCCUUCUCGAUGUCGGUGCAACUGGGCAAGGCCGUCUUGGAUUCCGCUACUGGAAGAAUCCGGGAGCUAUGAAAGAGUACGUUGCGACCGGUGACCUGGGGCGGUUCCUCGGCUUCUUUUCGACACUCGUAAAUGCUGCAUUCUCUUUUGGUGGUAUUGAAACCGUUGCUGUGGCUGGAGGCGAGGCCAAAAACCCACGAAGAAACAUCCCUAAGGCUGUUCGCCGAGUCUUUUGGAGAAUCUUAUUUUUCUAUGUUCUUGGUGCUCUAGCCGUUGGUGUGCUGGUCCCAUCGAACGAUAAGCAGCUACUCAGUGCUCAGGCAAAUGGGUCCAAAGGUGCUGCAGCAUCACCCUGGGUUAUUGCCAUUACUCAUGCCAGGAUCAAGGUCCUGCCAUCUAUCAUCAACGCGGUUAUCUUGAGUUCUGCCAGCUCCGCUGCAAAUGCCAUGACCUUUAACGGAAGUCGAUAUCUCUUUGCUUUAUCCAAGAACGGACAGGCCCCCAAGAUCUUCCAGAAAUGCAAUAAAAAUGGUACGCCAUGGGUAGCAGUCUUACUAGUUACGGCCAUCUCCUUGCUUUCGUAUCUCUCAUGCUCUGCUAGCAGCAGCAUAGCCUUUACGUGGUUUCAAAACCUAGCUACAUUGUCAUCGCUCUUCACCUGGUUCGCUAUCUGCCUUAUUUAUGUCAGAUUUAACAGUGCCCUAAAGGCCCAAGGCAUAGACAGAUCAUCACUUGUUUUCAAGGCACCCUUCCAACCCUACCUGGCCUAUUUCUCAAUGUUUUAUUUUGGCGUUAUUAUUAUUUUUAAUGGCUUUUGGACCUUCACUCCGUGGAAUGCCAGCAGCUUCGUCACUUCCUAUAUCGGUAUCCUGCUUAUAGCCAUUCUCUUUUUCUUUUGGAAGUUCUUUAAGAAAACGAAAUCCGUUCAACCCGCUGAGGCUGAUCUGCAUCGCGAUAAGGCUGCGAUUGAUGCCGUUAUCUGGGAAGACAGGAAGCCAACAACGAUCUGGGGGAAGAUUUGGGAUUGGUUGUGCUAA